AACAAUAACCAAAGACCUGGAAUCGACUGAGAUUUCAACAAAAAAGAAACUCUCUCGAUCUGUCGCUUCCCUCCACCCUCGGCGGUGCCGACGACAGCCGCAGUAACGUCGCCGACGACCUUCGCUACUGCUGUCUCCGCUGUCUUUGAUUUGGAUUAGUCUGUUCUUUUGCUUUCUCUUGACUGGUUCGAUUUCAAACCCAAAGUCCCGAUCGGUCUGCUUUCUCGGUGGAAUCUAGCAUUUCGCCUUCUGAUUACGGAAUCUCUGCUCAACCCAGAUCGAAAUUGCUUUGGGUUUUGACGGAAGCUGAUGAAUCACUGAAACCCAGAUCUUGACGUCGUUCCGUUGCGGCUGCAGAUCGCCGGCGAUUUUUUAGAUUCCAGUGUCGUUGCCUUCUUCGGCGUACUCCGCCCGUUUCAUCUCCCCCUCGCCAGACUCUAUCCUCCAUUUUGUGUGAUUUUCCGGAUCUCACAAGCCAUGGACAAGUCCAGUGCUCUAGAAUAUAUCAACCAGAUGUUUCCGACAGAAGCAUCUCUCUCUGGUGUUGAGCCGCUUAUGCAAAAGAUUCAUAGCGAGAUUCGUCGUGUUGAUGCCAGCAUAUUAGCUGCUGUUCGUCAACAGAGUAAUUCGGGAACUAAAGCUAAGGAGGAUCUUGCUGCUGCUACACAUGCUGUGGAGGAACUCUCUUAUAAGAUUCAAGAGAUAAAAGCCAAAGCUGAGCAAAGUGAAGCAAUGGUGCAAGAGAUAUGCCGUGACAUUAAGAAAUUAGAUUUUGCAAAGAAGAACAUAACCACCACGAUCACUGCCCUUCAUCGGCUCACAAUGUUAGUCUCUGCUGUUGAACAACUUCAGGUGAUGGCUUCGAAAAGGCAAUACAAGGAGGCAGCUGCACAACUAGAGGCUGUAAACCAAUUAUGUAACCAUUUCGAAGCAUACAGGGAUAUUCCUAAAAUAACAGAGCUCAGAGAGAAGCUUAAGAAUAUAAAGCAAAUUCUCAAGUCCCAUGUGUAUUCUGAUUUCUCCAGUUUAGGUACUGGAAAAGAGACAGAAGAAAUCAAUUUGUUACAACAGUUGUCUGAUUCUUGCUUGGUCGUUGAUGCUUUGGAGCCAUCUGUGAGGGAGGAAUUGGUUAACAACUUUUGCAGCAGGGAGCUAACUUCAUACGAACAAAUUUUUGAAGGAGCUGAAUUGGCUAAGUUAGAUAAAACAGAGCGGAGAUAUGCUUGGAUAAAACGCCGUAUACGAACAAAUGAAGAAAUCUGGAAGAUUUUUCCUGCUUCUUGGCAUGUACCUUAUCGUUUAUGUAUCCAGUUCUGCAAGAAAACUAGGAGGCAAUUAGAAUCUAUACUCAUCAACAUGAAAGAGAAGCCAGACGUCGCGAUAUUACUGCUGGCACUACAAAGGACCCUAGAAUUUGAAGACGAGCUGGAAGAGAAAUUCGGUGGUGGUGCUCCUACUCGAGAUAUUGGAAACGACAUUGAAGAAAUUGGUAAAGGCGAGAGCAAUAGUCAGAAUGUAUCCGAAAUCCGAAAGAAGUAUGAAAAAAAGCUUGCUGCUAAUCAAGAAACUGGGACAGAUGAAAAGAUUGGCAACAAAGAUUUAUCUGUUCCUGGAGCCGGGUUCAACUUCCGGGGUAUUAUCUCUUCUUGCUUCGAACCUCAUUUGACAAUAUAUGUGGAAUUGGAAGAGAAGACACUUAUGGAGAAUCUGGAGAAACUUGUUCAGGAGGAAACAUGGGAAAUUGAGGAGGGAAGCCAAGAUAAUGUCUUAUCUAGCAGCAUGCAGUUGUUUCUCAUUAUAAAGAGGAGCUUGAAGCGGUGCAGUGCUCUGACUAAGAACCAGACUUUAUUUAAUUUGUUUAAGGUGUUUCAACGUAUUCUUAAAGCCUAUGCAACAAAGCUCUUUUCUAAACUCCCAAAGGGUGGUACUGGCAUUGUUGCUGCAGCAACAGGCAUGGACGGGCAGAUAAAGAUUUCAGAGAGAGAUGAAAGGGUGAUAUGUUACAUCGUUAAUUCAGCCGAGUAUUGCCACAAAACAUCUGGUGAACUGGCAGAAAGUGUCUCAAAAAUCAUUGAUCCUCAUUAUGCAGAAGGCGUGGAUAUGUCAGAGGUUCAGGAUGAGUUCUCGGCUGUCAUAACAAAAGCAUUGGUGACACUAGUUCUUGGAUUGGAGACUAAAUUCGACUCUGAAAUGGCAGCAAUGACACGUGUCCCAUGGGGAACACUCGAAAGUGUGGGUGAUCAGUCAGGGUAUGUUAAUGGAAUAAAUACAAUCCUAAGCAGCAGCAUUCCUAUUCUAGGAAACCUUCUAACACCGGUCUACUUCCAGUUCUUCCUAGACAAGCUAGCAUCAUCCCUUGGUCCAAGGUUCUACGCUAAUAUUUUCAAAUGUAAGCAAAUAUCGGAAACUGGAGCUCAGCAGAUGUUGUUAGAUACGCAAGCAAUGAAGACAAUUCUUCUAGAAAUUCCGUCCCUUGCUCGACAGACUUCAACCGCUGCAAGUUAUUCCAAAUUCGUUAGUCGUGAAAUGAGCAAAGCUGAAGCACUUCUAAAGGUCAUUCUGUCCCCGGUUGAUUCAGUGGCAGACACUUAUCGUGCACUAUUCCCUGAAGGAACACCAAUGGAGUUUCAACGGAUUUUGGAGCUUAAGGGCCUUAAGAAAGCCGACCAGCAGAGUAUACUAGACGACUUCAACAAGCAUGGCCCGGGAAUCGCAAAGCCAUCGGUGGUGGUACCUCCUCCUCCACCCACAGCUCCAACAACGAUCAUUAACCCUGCAGCGGCCGUAGGGUUCAUAGCGAACAGCGAGGACGUGCUGACCCGAGCCGCCGCUCUCGGCAGAGGAGCCGCAACCACCGGCUUUAAGAGGUUCCUUGCUCUAACUGAAGCCGCGAAAGACCGCAAAGAUGGACCCUUCAGGAAACUCUUCAACGCAUAGAUUUUGUUUUUUGUUUUUUUGUUUCCAAUGUCUCCUCAUUUCAGUGUCGCAGGUCUAAUCACAGACCAAACCUAAGUAGAGAAAGAAGAAACCUUUUUGACUGCUUGAAGAUCUCGAGGAGUGAUUCUCCAUGCCCUUCUGAAUUACAUAAGUUACUUGAAACGUCAUGAAGAUGAGACCACUGUAUUGUAUGCAAUCCAUAUUUGAGAUGUU